UCGAGGAGGAAAAUAAAUAAAGUAAAAAUAAACCGCUUUCUCUCGGCCCGCUCGGUCGUGCUAGCUCGGGCGCCCGAUCCGUCGCUAGGGUUUCCACCGCCGCCUGCGAUGGGCGCCCUCACCGACAGCCGCAAGCGCAUCACCGCCGACCACCGCCUCCCCAUCCCCUCCUUCCCGCCGCCGUCCCCUCCCCCUGCCUCCAAGAGGCCCAAGCUCGCGCAGCUCCCCUCCUCCCUGGAUCCUUCCACCUCCGCCUCCCCGCCGCCCAACCCCUCUCCCCAAAUCAUCCACGCCGCCGCCGCCGCCGCGUCCACCUCGACCACGCCGGUCCCUUCCUCCUCCUGCAACCCCGCCUCCUCCCCGCUCCCGAACAGGCGCCGCCUCCCGCCGCCACCGCCAUUCAAGCGCCCGAUCCACGGACCCCAGCGCGUCCUCUGCGCCUUCCGCUUCGACGGACCUGCACGGCCCCACGCCGCGGGCCCGUCGUGGUCCUCGCCAUCCUCGCCCCCGCCGCCCCAACCCCGGUCGCUCGGACUCGAGCAGUACGUCGAGCUCGUCAACAGCGUCUCCCACCCCGCACCGCCGACUCCCACCGCCAUCCCCGAUGCAGUGCGGGAGAAAGAGGCGGUGCCCCUCGAGGUGGUCGCCGUCGAGGAGGACGGAGAUGAUAGGAAGCAGCAGGACGACGAGGAGGAGGUGGUGAGGGGGUGCGUGGUGGUGAGGAGGGGGCCGCUGUACAAGGAGCUGUAUGAGGCGUCCAGCCGGAAGCGGGAUGCCAAGCUCAAGACACUCGAGUUCGAGGUGAGGCUCGCCGAGGAGGGCCGCCUUGGCCUUGAGCGCCUCGCGGAAGUCCUCCCUCGGAUUUCUCCUAAGGAGGAGGAGGUGCCUGAACCUUUUGUUCCUCUUACGGAUGAGGAUGAAGAAAUUGUUCGUGAGGCUCUUCAUGGCAGAAACAGCCGUGAGAGAUUAGCAGUACAUGAACCUUCAAACAUUGUGAUAACAAGGGAGAUCUUGCAGUGCUUGAAUAACCAAGAAUGGCUAAAUGAUGAGGUUAUCAAUUUGUAUCUUGAUCUGCUUAAAGCGAGGGAACUAAGACAACCUAGCAAGUUUUUAAGAUGCCAUUUCUUCAACACCUUUUUCUACAAGCUGAUUUCUGGUGGAUAUGACUAUAAAGCUGUUAGAAGAUGGACAACAAAAAGGAAGUUAGGGUACAGUCUAAUUGAGUGUGACAAGAUAUUUGUUCCCAUACACAAGGAAGUCCAUUGGUGUUUAGCAGUCAUCAACAUAAAGGACAAAAAGUUUCAAUAUCUGGAUUCACUUGGCAGCAUGGACAUGAAGGUCUUGAGAAUUUUGGCCAGGUAUUUUGUGGAUGAGGUGAAAGACAAAAGUGGCCAACACAUCGAUGCCCUUUCAUGGAAACAGGAAGGUGUCAAAAACCUUCCUUUGCAGGAGAAUGGAUGGGAUUGCGGUAUGUUCAUGCUGAAAUACAUAGACUUCUACAGCGGAAAUAUGGACCUUAUUUUUGGACAGAAGCACAUGCGGUACUUCCGCAAGAGGACAGCAAAGGAAAUUCUGAAUUUGAGGGCUGAAUAAAUCAUGGAGGACAUCAUAGGUCAUUAAGGCCUGGUUCGGAUAUUUAUGGUUGGCUGUGGCAUCGGAAAGGUGUAGUGCUGAAUCCAAGGAUUUCCACAGUUGUCUGAUUUCUCAGUGGCACCAUGCAAUGGUCAAGCAGCACUGCAGCAGGGUGGAGAGCCAGGUAACUACGGCUUCAGAUUGAAUUCGGCAUGACUGGGAUGCUGUAUGGUUCUGCUAGGGUGGAUGGAGUCUUUUUGGCUGGGUUAGAUUGCAUUUAGUUGAGAGACAGGGAUGUAUGGCUUACUUGAAUUAUAUAUAAUAUGAGCGGACCUCGAGCAGUGUGCUGCUAUAAGCGAGCAAAUCCACAUUUGUAGGGCUGUAUGGCUUUGCAGCAGCGAGUUUUGUGUAAUGAUCCGUUUCUUUUUUUUUCCUUGAAUUUUUUUAAUGGUGCAUAUCUGAAUUCUGAAAUGGCAGCCCUGCCAGUUUUCUUUAUCAAUAAAUGAGGUCAAGUGUAAGUUUCAUUGAA